UCCAAGUUCCAUUAUUACUAAUCAUUACUAUUUUUAUGAUCUCGAUCGAUUAUUGCAUAACAGAAUUUCCAUUGUCAUUAACCUUGUUUGAUAACAAAGUGCUUACAAAGUGAAACGGUAAGUAUAAAUAAGUCAUGACAAGCUAAGAUCAGUGCAAAGAGUUUCCAGUCUAAGUGAGGAGUGUUCACUUUUAAACACCAUGGGGUUCACUGGUGGACUACAGUUUUUGUCUCUCAUGUGCAUUCUGCUCCACAGUGAAUGUCUACUGCGUAAUGACAUGCAGUUUGAGAUCCAGCACACUUGGGACAGCAAUCCUGUGGAUCAUGAUCCCAUCAGGAUCACUUUUUCUCCUGGGGAAGGAGGACUGAAGAUGCAGGUGUUUGGUCCCUUUUUCAAUGACCCACCAGCCCCUGCAGGACCCCCUGGACAUGCUUUUCCUGGACUCUGGGAUUAUGAAGUUGUAGAGGCUUUCUUCCUUGAUAGUACCAAAGAAAACUACCUCGAAGUGGAGGUUUGUCCACACGGACAACAUCUUAUCUUGUUGUUAUCAGGAGUUGGCCAGGCAUUUGUGCAACAACUGCCCAUGGUGUUUGAUGCCUCGAUCACAGGCGAAAGGUGGAUGGGUGAAGCGGUCAUUCCUUGGGGUUAUUUUCCUCCCAAUGUCAACAAAAUGAACGCCUAUGCCAUCCAUGGCUCAGGCAAGGAACGUACCUAUGAGGCUCUCUACUCCAUCCCCAAAGAGGAGUUAGUGGAAGGCCAGAAACCAAACUUCCACCUCCUGCAGUAUUUCAAAAAUUUCCGACUCCAAAGCAUCAUGGGAGAAGAUUGGGUUCAGCCAGAGUCAGAUCUGUGGAAGGGAAAGCUGUGAGGCGGCUUUUUUUCUGUCUCUCCCGCUUUAUAUUUCCUUCCCACACCCCAUUUCCCAACACACACACACACACACACAUAACAUGGAGCAGGGCGGUAGUACAAACACUCACUGGCGUAAAAAAAAGAACAAAGGGCAAUCAAUUUUUAUUAGUUAAUGAUGUCAAACAAUAUGAUGUGUAAUAUGUUAUCAGCUUGUAAAAAUGCAUUAGACUUCACACACAUCCAUACAGGCAUGCAGACACACACACACACACACACACACCUGCUCCAUCCCAAGGUGUUAGAUGUCACCUUAAAUUGCCUUGGCAGAGCGUGACUUACAGCUGUUAUACCGUGGACGGUGGAAAGGACUGCUCAUGUGGACAUUCAUCUCCUGUGUAGCCUGUGGAUUUCAGCUCAGUGACAUAAACCACAGCAAGUUCUUACAAUUCUUUGCCCUUACUUAAAAGAUAUGUUGUCCAAAGAUGCAUUCCAGAGGUUUUUUUUUUUUUUUUUUUUUUUUUACUUUUAUUUACAUAUAGAGCUGGGAGAUAUGACCAAAAUUGUUAAACAAUAAAUGAUCAUGAUAAAUAUUUUCCGUUUAUACCGAUAAUUUCAGUAGGAAUGUCAAAUCAAGCCUAAAAGCUGAUAUUUGGAGUGAAAGUUGAAGAAACUAGACGGUUAUUUGAGGUUAUACAUUAUUUUGACAGAUGGUUAUUUUUUCUUUAAAUGUCAAACACUUGCCAAAUAACAGAAUGAUUCCAAAAUCUAUUCAUUAUUCAUGAUAACUCAGCUGUUUGUUCAUUUUCAUGGUUUUUUGUUUUUGUUUUUGUUUUUUGUUUUUAUCAAUUCAGCAACUUCUGUAAAGCCCUGUGAGGUGACUUUGUUGUGAUAUUGGAAAUACAUAUGGAAAUACACAAAUAUUGUAGAAAUACAGUUGAAUGGAAUUGAAAAAUCUUUAUAUAUAUUCACCACAAUUAUUAUAAUAAAAUGUUGGUUCAAAAUCAUAAUUAACAAAACCACUGCACCAUUUAAUAAGCAUUUUAGUUCAGAAUAUAACAAAAUAAACCAUGAAGACAAAUAAUUAACAUCAUGAUAAAUACUAUGUUUGUUUACAAUAUGGAGCCCUUGACCUUUAAGGAAACUUGUAUCAUGGUAAUUAUUGUUAUAUCAUCCAGCUCUAUGUACACAUUGAUUCCAUAUUAUGGUUUCAGUCUUUUUUUUUUAUUGUAACCAGAUUACUUUUCCAAUGCGUGAGAGUGUCAGUGUCAUUUAUAACUGUUAAUGUGAGACGUGUUGAACGUUGUCCCGUUUAUUUUACCAAAUGACUGUAAAUUGCUGUUAUAAUCAAUGUUAUGAGCAAAUGAAAUAAAAUCAUUUUAAAGCUGCACAGAGUAUUAA